AAAUUGGAGCACAUUUGAAGGGAUACAUACAAAGAAGAGAAAUAGACUUGAAUCAAAUCGUCUCAACAAUUUAGUUUUUGUCCAAUUUAAUGCUACUUUGAUGAACAAGAACAAGCAAGAUAAAAAUAUUGAAAAGUUGGUUGGUAGUGAUGCAAGUUUAAUACAAGAUUGGAUUGUGGAAAAUCUUGAGAAUGAUAAGACUGAGCCGGGAUUGGAUUGCAACAAUAAUGCUAUGGAAGUGGAUGAAGCAUUACAACCCCGUAGAAGUGCUAGAUUGAGGGAUCUUGAUGAAGAUAACUUUGAAUCGGAAGGGGAAAGUGAGGAGGAAAUAAAUGAAGUGGAGUUUGAAGAUGAUGGGCAACGUGUUAUUGAGCAAUAUGGACAAGAUGAAGAAAUUGGCAAUGAUCCUAUUCAAUCAUGAUUCAUGAAUCACUUUGGAUUUCAAAACUUUAAAAUUUGGACUUGAAUGUUGAAUUUUUGUUGAAUGUUAAUUAUGUUGUAACUUGUAAGUUUAAACUUUAAACAUUGAUACUUGGAUGUUGUUUCA